CAUUAACCGUACGCCCACAGUGGCGUUACCAUCAGUUUGGCCAUAGAUUCUCAAAAUGGAAACAGAUUAUGCAGAACAAACAUCGCCGUAAAAAGCAAGUUCCUGCACUCCGGUCCUGAGCCCCUCUAUAGCGAGGAUGUUCAACAGCCUGGCCCACAGACCAUGGCAUGUCUUCUGCAGGGUCUCCUUGCAGCACAGGGCGCCUCUGUCACAGCGGUCCCCGAGGUUCCCCCAACUAUGCCACGGUUGGCAGAGUGGAGGCAUGCAUAGCUUGUGGUUCAGCCUUCCAGACUGCCGUGUUGCUUCUCCAGGCCUGGGCAAUGUGCAGUACUACUCUACCUCUGGCAACAGUAAAGAUGGUCCUCCAACAUCAGCAGCAGGUGAUGCUCCAUCAGCAGAAAAGGUUUUGUCUGCUGCUGCGAAAGCCACCCCAGCUUCACCAGGGUCAACACCUUUGGGGCUGACCAAAGCUGAGACAAUUCAAGUAAAAGUUCGAGCAGUCCUGAAGAAAAGGGAAUAUGGACCCAAGUACACUCAGAACAAUUUUAUCACUGCAGUCAGAGCCAUGAAUGAGUUCUGCCUCAAACCAAGCGAUCUGGAACAGCUUCGAAAGAUCAGAAGACGCAGCCCCCAUGAUGACACAGAGGCUUUCACAGUCUUUUUGCGGUCAGAUGUUGAAGCCAAAGCAAUAGACGUAUGGGGAAGCCAUGAAGCUCUUGCCCGAGAGAGAAAUCUUAGGAAAGAGGUGGAAAGAGAGUACCAAGAGAAUAUUUUUCGGAAUCAGCAAUUGUUGAAGGAAUACAAAGACUUUUGGGGAAACACUAAGCCUCGAUCAGGCAAGAGGACAACAUUUCUACAAGGGCCUGGGAAAGUGGUCAUGGUUGCUGUUUGCAUCAAUGGGCUGAAUUUCUUCUUCAAGCUCCUGGCUUGGGUCUACACUGGAUCAGCUAGCAUGUUCUCCGAGGCCAUCCACUCUCUGGCCGACACCUGCAACCAGCUUCUGCUCGCCGUGGGGAUCAGCCAGUCUGUCCGCAACCCUGAUGCUGGCCACCCGUAUGGCUUCUCCAACAUGCGCUACAUUGCCUCCCUCAUCAGUGGAGUGGGCAUUUUUAUGAUGGGAGCAGGUCUCUCCUGGUACCAUGGCAUCAUGGGAUUGCUACACCCAGAACCCAUUGAAUCGUUGUUAUGGGCUUACUGUAUUUUGGCGGGCUCUCUGGUGUCUGAAGGAGCCACGUUACUAGUAGCCAUCAAUGAGAUAAAGAAGAGCGCCCGCCAGAAUGGACUUUCUUUUUAUGAAUAUGUAAUGCAGAGUCGAGACCCCAGCACUAACGUAGUGCUGCUGGAGGAUGCUGCUGCUGUAUUAGGAGUCAUCCUGGCUUCUGGCUGCAUGGGGCUCACCUCACUCACAGGUAGCCCGUACUAUGACAGUUUAGGUUCUCUUGGUGUGGGCACUUUGCUGGGCACUGUCUCAGCCUUCCUCAUCUACACUAACACAGAGGCCCUGCUGGGACGCUCCAUACAGGCCGAACGUGUACAGAAGCUUACGGAGUUCCUGGAGAACGACCCUGCUGUAAGGGCCAUCCACGAUGUGAAGGCCACGGAUAUGGGACUGAGUAAAGUACGCUUCAAGGCUGAAGUUGACUUUGAUGGCCGAGUGGUGACACGGUCUUAUCUGGAAAAACAAGACAUUGACCAAAUCCUCAACGACAUUCAGCAGGUGAAGACCCCCGAGGAGCUGGAGAACUUCAUGCUGAAACACGGGGAGAACAUCAUUGACACCCUGGGAGCUGAGGUGGACCGCUUGGAGAAAGAACUCAAGCAACGUAACCCAGAGGUUCGUCAUGUUGACUUGGAGAUACUAUAAUACCUGACGGGUCUCUGCUGAGGGAACAUCCGUCUCUAACAAGAAGAACCUGCAAGAGGAAAACGUGAAAGGGCCAAGCCUGCCUCCACAAUCUGCCUCUCAUCCUGACCACUGCAACACAAACCUCCGUCUCUGCACAAGUCAACAAGUCUUACUGUAGAAUAGUCCACAACCUUUGGGCAGUGAUCAUGCUUUCUUUGUGUUGCUUGAGCUUCAGUUAGCCAUGCUGAGAAUUCAGCCUGCCAGAGAUCCACUUUCACAUUCGAGUGUGUGUGUUUCUGGUGAAAGACGAAAGUCGUUAGUCGCCUUGAAUUUUAAGAGAAAUUUGAAUCUCUGCUGCAGGUCACACACACACACACACACACACAGCUAUGACAGUUUAGUCUUAUGGUUGUCGGCUUGAAGUCACAUUCCUCCUUGAAUGUGUUUUCAUUGGUUUGAAAUCAUGACUGCUUCAAAAACAAAAUCACGGACAGGACCAGUAUCAUUUACUAGACUUGUACCUCAAUGUUAUGCUUGAACCACGUUGAUAGUGUUUCCUUCAUUAGUACAAAGAUAACCCCAGAGCUACAUAUUCAAACAAGACUUAUUUAAUUGCUAGACAAUGUUAGAUUUUUUUUUUUCUUUUAAUGCAAAAGCUGAGAAACUGAAGGUGGCACGACACUGCUGCAGGUUGUCUAUUGAAGACAGAAUUUAUGAUUAAUAGAUUUUAUUGCUAUAACAGGUAAAUAUGCAGAUUAAAAGUGUUACUCAGACUUUUGAUUUGAUUUGUAUGAUAGAGUUGAGGAGUGAAUUGAUGUUAAAUAUAGUAGCACUUAAUGAGCGGCUGGAACUAGUGGCUAAUCUUUACAAGACCAGAAAUUACAUAACCGGCAGUGGCAUCUCUCUUUCACUUCAUUUCUCUCUUUGAACUUUGAUGCUCUCCACAUUUGACGUUCAGUAACUUUGUCUAAUGAGUUUGGCAGCUGAUCAGCAGAUGACUGACUGUUCCAAAGAUGAAGUGCAGGAGGGAUGCCAGUGUCAUUGCUCCUGUUCCACCCAGUGUAAAUGCGUGGUCUAAGAAGACAAAAUGCACCAAACGAAUGGACCAGCCUCGAAUCAGCCAGGUUCCAUCAAGUGUUGAGCUCCGCAGACAGUCAUUGUGAAAAUGUCAUUGUUUAAAUCAGUCACCUGUACAGUAUGUGUACCGAAUGAUCUGCUCAGUAAUCUCCUACUCAGUGUUUCUGCUGAAUAAUCUCUAAAAAAACAUGCAGUGACUGUUCACUCAGCAUUUACCGUCACAGCUGCAGCAUAGGACACACCUGCCUGCUUAACAUCUUGUUCUGCUUGAGGAGGUGGGCCGGAGUCAUUUCAUCUUUGUGUAGGGUGGAUGGUUAUAUAUUUUUGAAGGUGUUAAUAGUGUAAUAUUUUCCCUUUGGUUAUAAACUAUGUUGGCACUGCUGAAGGAGUUGGAAUAAAUUUGAAAUAAUUUAUUAAAUUAUUUUGCUUUC